AUGGAAGAAAUUGGUGGAGGAGAAACAUGUCCCUCUGAGGCUUCAAGUAUCUCUGCAGCCUCUGAUGGAACUACCACUCCAUGCCAAAAUCACCAUGCUCACAACAAGAAGAUCAUGAAUAACAUGAAACUCAAAGAAAAACAACUUGUCAAAUCCUCCUCCAAUAUUAAUGAUCGAGUAGAACUCCAAAAUUCCGAAUUGAGUUCUGGAGUUCUACUCGAUCCGAAUCUCUGCAAUGAUGAAUCGCUUCGUGGUGGUUCAUCGUCGAAGCUAGAACUCAACCUUUUCAACUCCAUGAAUAACCAACAUGUUUCUUCUCAUGCAAACAACAAUGAGUCUUUGAACGAGACAACCCGAGAGAAGAGAUCGGAAUCUACGGUUGUCUCAUGCAACUUCUGCAAGAGAGAAUUCUCUAACUCUCAAGCCUUGGGAGGCCAUCAAAGAACUCAUAAACAAGAGCGUGAUUUGUUGAAACUUUGCCAAGGAAAACUCUCAAGCCUUGGGAGGCCAUCAAAGAACUCAUAA